GGUGUGUAUUGCCCAGCGUUUGACAGCUGUCAAACGCGUUCGCUUGCAACAACAACAAAAACUGUGCAUAGCUGUUCUGUGCGAUCUAGUUCACCGUGUACUGCUGCUAGCAUAAUUCAGUUUUGCCGACUCGCGUCACACCAGAUCUUACCGGGCAGGCCAACAACGAACAGCAGCACAAACCAUGGCACCGACGAGCAGUUUCGAGCUUUCCGACAUUGUCACAAUCAACAUUUCCAACUCACAGAACGAUACCGUCUCGUUCGAGCGAAAAUACAGCCGUGCGCUAAAGAUUUUCGAGUUUAAGGCAAAGCUGGAACCCAUCACCGGUGGAAAUGCAGGCACGAUGCGGCUAGAGCUGUACAGCGGCGACAAGCUGUUGGCGAAGCUGGACGAUGACGGCCAACCGCUCGGCAGCUACCCGAUCGAGGACGGUAUGCGGGUGCACGUUGUCGAUCAGUUCCAGUGCAUACAGGAGAACGUGCCGAAGUUCGAGCUGUCGCAGGAAGAGUACGACAAGAAGGCGGACAGCCUGCGCAGUUUUCUGAAGAAGAACAAACUGGGCAAAUACAACGCGGAGGAGAUGGCCAAGCAGGAGGAGGACCGAAAGCGCCAGGAGGAGGAAGAUCGCUGCAAGCUGGAAGCUACCACGAUUGGGGCACGGUGCCGCGUCACGGCGAAGAACAAUCCCGUCCGGCUCGGAACGGUCAUGUACAAGGGUCCGGUCGAUGGGAAGCCGGGCGUAUUCAUUGGCGUCAAGUUUGAUGAACCGCUCGGUGUGAACGAUGGCAGUGCGAACGGAAAGCGCUACUUCGACUGUGGACCGAAGUACGGUAGCUUCGUGACGCCGAAAGCGGUCGAAGUGGGUGAUUUUCCACCGGAAGAGUUUUCCCUCGACGAUGAGCUGUAAAGCUGAUCGGGCGGUCCGGCUAUUCUUUCUGGGCAUUCCAAUGGAGUAUGCGUGCAUCUGUGUGUGAGUGUGUGUGAGUCUGCUUAUGCUAUAGUAAAAUUAUGAGUAAACACAAUAACCUUAGUAAAAGCAAAAAAACAUUUUCCACCAACAGGGAAAAUUGCGUUUCUCUUUGUAGCUAACCCAUUAUAGCAACAGUCGUAUUCGAUCUGGUAAGAAAACCCUCUUUCUCUCUCAACAAUUUCGUUAUGUAAAGCUAAUGAGUUUUUCGAAUAAAAGAUUAACUAACUUAA